GUCCUACUCAAGGAACAAGGGUGGCAGCCUGAUGUAUGUAUAUAUAUGUACUAACAUACUAGCAAGUCCUAUUGAUCACAAGGAGACCAGCCAGCUUCCUCCAUUUCAGGGAUGGAACAAGAUAGUGCCGAGGCGAAGCAAGGUGGAGGAGAUCAGAGUCAGAGCUCCGCAAAGGGUGAAAAGGCUGAACCAGGAAUCCCAAAGCCUAGCGACACGAAAAAGCUUAUCGAGUUCAUGGAAAGUCACUACGAUGAAUUUGUCGCCCGUGUACAGUCCUUUGAUGAAUUCUACCACGCCAUUUUUGAACUCAUCGAAAUGUUUUGCGAGGAACGUGGGCAGCUGCAGUACAGGAUACCGGAGAAAAGGAUUCUUGAGGAAGCAUAUAAGAAGCAUCACACGUCGGAGGGCGAGGUGAAGAAGGAGGAGUUCGUGGCGAUGAGCAAGGAGGUGAUGAAGGUGGAGAGCUUCAGCUUGGGCAAGGCGACGGUGGAGUUUGGCAUGUUCCUGUUCGGGGGUCCGGCGUGCGCGUUCCUGGCGAAGCGGAUCCUUCCGGGGCUGGGCUGGCUGUCGGACGACGUCGUCAUUCCUCUGGCCACCUCCGGCUCCGUCGCCUACCUCAUCAAGUCCAAGAGGCUCUGAAGACCGGACCGGAGCUGCUGCUUUCUGUGCUCCGCAUCAGCUGGCUUGGUUGGCGACGCACGCAAGUGUAAAAAAAAAGUGAUACUCCUAGAUGAAAAUGCCAGAAGAGCACUGUUAAAUCAACCAAUAAUUGGGAAAAGGUCGCCGCAA